AUGUCAAUAGAGACAGUGUGUGUGAAGACAGAGCCAAGAGAGGUGUGUGUGAAGAUGAAGCCCGGAGAGGUGUGUGUGAAGACGGAGCCCGGAGAGGUGUGUGUGAAGGAGGAGCUGGAGUGCGAGGACAGUGCUUGUCAAGGAGUGAGCGCGGCGGCUGCACAGGCUGGACUGUAUACCGACCAUGAGGUUAAGGACGAGCUUGUGCUGGGCCCCGAGGAGUGGCACCGACCUAAAGUGCUCCCACUAAGAGUGGAGGUGCGGGCAGUCAAGUCGGAGGUGUCGGACGCGGCGAGUGACGAGGACUGCGUGUCGGUGUGUUUGGAGGGCAGCGCCGCGCCCACCAGGGAACAGCUCGCGAUGGCUUGUUCCGUGGUGCUCGAGCGCCUGCGCGGCAUCGCGACUGUUCACAGUGGAGGCAAACCAUACCACUGCGAAUACUGUGGCAAGCGUUUCAGAAACAAGUGUACUUUAAGGAAACACAUAAAACACACGCACUCGUCAAUCGGACCAAAACCAUUUGCUUGUGAAUUUUGUAAUUCUACAUUUCAAACCGAAUUGCUUGUGAUAGAACACGAGAAAAGCGAACAUGGUGCUUCAAAUUUCAUGUGUGCUGAAUGUGAGUAUAUCACAAGUUCCAAGAAAAGUUUGGUGACUCAUUUAAGGAGCCAUUCUUUAGAGAACAAUUUCAAUUGUAGUCACUGUAGUUACACAAGUUCGUGUAAAACUGAUUUACACAAACACCAAACAAUACAUUUUGCUGGGAAUCUUUUAAAGUCUAGCGACGAUUAUAAAUGUAGUUGGAAUUCACAGUUACAACGACACCUCAUGAUACAUACUGGGGCAAAGCCAUUUCAGUGUAAGCACUGUGAUUACAAAUUCAGUCAGAAGUCACACUUACAACGACACCUGAUGAUACAUACUGGGGCGAAGACAUUUCAGUGUAGCCACUGUGAUUUCAAAUGCAGUUGGAAGUCACUCUUACAACGACACCUGAUGAUACAUACUGGGGCGAAGCCAUUUCAGUGUAACCACUGUGAUUACAAAUGCAGUCAGAAGUCAGACUUACAAAUACACCUGAGGAUACAUACUGGGGCGAAGCCAUUUCAGUGUAGCCACUGUGAUUACAAAUGCAGUCAGAAGUCACACUUACAAAUACACCUGAGGGUUCAUACUGGGGCGAAGCCAUUUCAGUGUAGCCACUGUGAUUACAAAUGCAGUCAGAAGUCACACUUACAACAACACCUGAUGAUACAUACUGGGGCGAAGCCAUUUCAGUGUAGGCACUGUGAUUACAAAUGCAGUCGGAAGUCAUACUUACAAAUACACCUGAGGAUACAUACUGGGGCGAAGCCAUUUCAGUGUAGCCACUGUGAUUACAAAUGCAGGCAGAAGUCAGACUUACAAAAACACCUGAAGAUACAUACUGGGGCGAAGCCAUUUCAGUGUAGCCACUGUGAUUACAAAUGCAGUCAGAAGUCACACUUACAACAACACCUGAUGAUACAUACUGGGGCGAAGCCAUUUCAGUGUAGGCACUGUGAUUACAAAUGCAGUCGGAAGUCAUACUUACAAAUACACCUGAGGAUACAUACUGGGGCGAAGCCAUUUCAGUGUAGCCACUGUGAUUACAAAUGCAGGCAGAAGUCAGACUUACAAAAACACCUGAGGAUACAUACUGGGGCGAAGCCAUUUCAAUGUAGCCACUGUGAUUACAAAUGCAGUCAGAAGUCACACUUACAAAUACACCUGAGGAUUCAUACUGGGGCGAAGCCAUUUCAGUGUAGCCACUGUGAUUACAAAUGCAGUCAGAAGUCAGAAUUACAAAGACACCUGAUGAUACAUACUGGGGCGAAGCCAUUUCAGUGUAGCCACUGUGAUUACAAAUGCAGUCAGAAGUCAACCUUACAAACACACCAAAGGAUACACACUGGAGAAAGGCCUUACAAAUGUAGUCAUUGUGAUUACAAGUGCAGUAAUAGUUCAAACUUACGAAGUCAUGAAAGGACACAUACUGGCAAGAAGCCAGACUUACAAAAACACACUGGUACCCACUGGGGCGAAGCCAUUUAAAUGUAACGCGACUUCAGCUGCUGGCAGAAAGGAAAGUGAUUAACACACCAGAGGAUACACACUGGAGAGGAGCCGUACACAUGUAGUCACUGCAACUACAAGUGCAAAAACAUCUGAUGAUACACACUGACGAAUAGCCUUUUAUUUGUACCCACUGCAACUACAGGAGUGGACAUAAAUACACUUUUCUCCAAUAUGCUCGGAAAUGUUCACCUUACUGUAGCAAAAAUAGUACGGGAAGUUCUUCGUUAAUGUCAAACUCUAACUAAAAAACAUCAAACUAUCGCUGUCCUGUUCUAGCGGACGGGAAGUAAAAAAACACUACAGUAAUAACUUAUUACUGUAGUGUUUUUUACUUUUUAAUAAU